ACUGGCAGGCAGACCAAACCUAUGGGCCAGACGCCCGAUGACAGCGGAAAUAGCUCAGGUGAUCGUGAGAUAACACGUCUGAAUUAUUAGACCCUGUUUUAUGUUGUUUCAUUCAAAAGUCCGAAUGGUGUAAAAGCAUCAACAUGGGACACGCCUGGGAGCUUUUAAUGUUGACGUCGAAACUACGGCUGCCACUUUUCGUCUUUCUUUUCUCUCUUGUUGUCUCCCCUGGUGACGCCAGUACCCGUCGCAAGCUCCGAAACGUCACCCCUUCGACCGAGGAAACGGUAGAAACUUACACCAAAUACUACAAUUAUGUUGAAUUGACUAGACGCUUACAGUCCUUAGCCCAGAGCUACCCUCAUAUAGCUGCCCUGUCGAGCAUAGGUCAGUCCGUGGAGGGCAGGGAGCUCUGGGUGAUGCGGAUAACCAAGGACCCCAACACGAACGCACCAGGGAAACCCAAAUUUAAAUACGUCGGGAACAUGCACGGAGACGAAACCGUGUCCAGGCAGGUGUUGGUGUACCUAGUGGAAUACCUGUUGGCUAAAUACGGAGAAGAACCGCGCAUCACUGAACUGGUGAACACAACGGAUAUUUAUAUCAUGCCCAGCAUGAACCCGGACGGCUUUGAGAGGUCCAAAGAGGGGGACUGCAACGGCGACAGCGGAGGUCGAAAUAAUGCCAAAGACAUGGACCUGAACAGGAGUUUUCCUGACCAGUAUGAUGGAGCAACUGCCAGCCCAGAUACUAUCCCUGAAGUCAUGGCUGUCAUCAGAUGGAUCCAGGAGAAAAAAUUCGUGCUGUCAGGGAACCUACAUGGAGGCACUGUAGUUGCCAGUUAUCCUUUUGAUGACUCAGCCUCCCACCAGAAACAGGGCCACUACAGCCAGUCAGCAGAUGACAGCCUGUUUCGCUACUUGGCUACAGUGUAUUCACAGCACCAUGCUGUGAUGAAAACUGGUCAUCCAAACUGCCCUGAUAUGAUUGAGGAAAGUUUUCAAGAUGGCAUCACCAAUGGGGCUGAGUGGUAUGACGUACCUGGUGGGAUGCAGGAUUAUAACUACCUCUAUGGGAACUGUCUGGAAAUCACCAUGGAGUUGAGCUGCUGUAAAUACCCUCCUGCCUCCGAGCUGCAGAAGGAAUGGGAUCUGAACAGGGAAUCACUGCUAGUUUACAUUGAACAGGUCCAUAUAGGGGUUCAUGGCUAUGUGAAAGAGGCCAUCGAUGGUUCUGCUGUUGUUAACGCCAGCAUCUUAGUAGAAGGCAUUCACCAUAACCUGACUUCAGGAGAUUAUGGGGAAUACUACCGCCUCCUUAUUCCAGGAACAUACAACAUCACAGCUGUCGCUCCAGGAUACACAUCAAUUACACUGAAGGGAGUCCAGGUUUUGGAGGGCAAGGCUACAGAACUUAACUUCACAUUAACUCCUGUGGUCAGUGAGGUGGCAAGCAGCUAUACUACGACUUCAUCCUCAAUAACAGCCACUAAAAAUCCAGACACCUCCACCACCACCAACUCCUCUUCCUCUACCAAGAACACUAACAGCACCUCUGUGCCUCCAAAUGAGAAGGAGACUGUCCAGCCAGAGGAGUUUCGUCACCACAACUAUGCAGACAUGGAGCUCUUCUUACGCAAGUACAAGAGCGAGUUUCCUUUGAUCACACAUCUUUACACUGUCGGACGCUCCGUGGAAGGCCAUGAGCUCUAUGUGAUGGUCAUCUCAGACAACCCCACUGUCCAUGAGCAUGGUGAGCCCGAGUUCAAGUAUAUUGCUAACAUGCAUGGUAAUGAAGUGGUGGGCCGUGAGUUAAUGCUCAACCUCAUUGAGUACCUGUGCCGUAAUUAUGGCACCAACCAGGAGGUCACAACGCUGGUUGACAACACUCGCAUUCACAUCAUGCCUUCUAUGAACCCGGAUGGCUACGAGGUAGCCAAUGAAGGUGAUGUGAAAGGCUACAUAGGGCGCAACAACAGCAACAACUUUGACCUGAACCGCAACUUCCCUGACCAGUUUGUCACCAUCACAGCGCCCAGACAGCCAGAGACCAUUGCUGUGAUGAACUGGCUGAAGAGCACCCCCUUUGUUCUGUCAGCCAACCUCCAUGGAGGUUCCUUGGUGGUCAACUACCCUUACGAUGAUGACAAAAAAGGACAGAAUCAGUACAGUCAGUCCCCUGAUGACAAAGUCUUUCAGCAGGUGUCCAGAGCAUACUCACAGGAGAAUCCUCUGAUGCACAAAGGACACCCUUGUGAGGAUCUCUACCCUGAGGAGUAUUUUGAGGACGGCAUCACCAAUGGUGCCAACUGGUACAGCGUUCCAGGUGGCAUGCAGGACUGGAACUACUUAAACACCAACUGUUUUGAGGUGACCAUUGAGCUGGGUUGUGUGAAAUACCCCAUGGCUAAAGACCUGCCAAAAUACUGGGAACAAAACAGACGAUCCCUGCUUCAGUUUAUCCACCAGGUUCACACCGGAGUAAAAGGGACUGUGUCUGACAUCAGGGAUGGCACUGGAAUUCCCAAUGCUACCAUAAGUGUGGAGGAGAUCGACCACAAUGUCAGCACAGCACGCACUGGAGACUACUGGAGACUGCUGACUCCUGGAACCUACUACAUCACAGCCUCUGCCCAUGGAUAUGCAUCUGUAAAGACUUAUGCCACUAUUCCAGAGGAUGGAGUAGAGGUUGUGAACUUUAAAUUGACACGUAGUCACUCUGAACCCUAUGGUAAUUCUUCUGAGGGAGCCCAGCCCACACAGAACCCCUCUGAGAAGGAGUUUGAGAGUUUGAUUGAGAAACUCUCCUCGGACCCUGGUUUGGAAGAGCUGGUCAAGAACACAGCCACUGAGGGCAGCUUCCGUUACAGACGCUACAAAGAUAUGUCAAGCUUUUUGAAAGGCCUUACUCUGAACUUUCCUAAGAUAACGUCUUUACGUAGCUUUGGCCAAAGUGUUGAGUUCAGAACCAUUUGGGUUCUGGAAAUCUCCAACAGACCAGAGGAAGCUGAACCAUCAGAGCCAAAGAUACGUUUUGAAGCAGGGAUCCAUGGCAAUGCCCCAGUGAGCACAGAGCUGCUGCUGGAGUUUGCUGCCCUCUUGUGUAUCAAUUAUGGCAAGGAUCCAGCCAUCACCAGGCUGGUCAAUGAGACACGGAUCGUCAUUGUGCCGUCUAUCAACCCAGAUGGAAGAGAGCUGGCUAUUGAGAAACAGUGCACUUCCACUCGGGGAAUGAAUAAUGCUAAUGGGAAGGACCUGGACACAGAUUUCUUUGGCAAUGCAUCACAGCGUGUUGUCAAGGCCCAACCAGAGACCAGAGCCAUGAUGGACUUGAUUUUAGAUAAAGGCUACACUCUCUCUGUGGCACUGGAUGGAGGCUCCCUGGUGGCUACCUAUCCUUAUGACAAGCCUGUACAGUCUGUUGAAAACGAAGGGACAUUGAAGUAUCUGGCAGGCGUUUAUGCCAGCAACCAUCCAAAGAUGCACCUGGGGGACACUGGAUGUUUAAAUAAUGGCCAGAUAGGUAACAUCCCAGAUGGCGUGAUGAGGGCAGCAGAGAGACAGAGUCACAUGGGGAGCAUGAAGGACUUCAGUAUGGACUUUGGGCACUGUCCUGAGAUCACAGUGUACACUGGCUGCUGUUUGUAUCCCCCUGCUGAGCAGCUGGCUACUCUGUGGGCUGAGAACAAGAAAGCUCUCCUCAGGAUGCUGGUUGAGGUCCAUAAAGGGGUGCGCGGUGUGGUGAGGGAUAGGACUGGAAAGCCUAUUGUUGGGGCGAUCAUUGUUCUGAAUGGGGGAGUGAGGGUCUUCACUUCAGAGGGUGGAUACUUCCAUGCCCUGCUGGCUCCCGGCAACCACAACAUUGAAGCUGUUGCAGAUGGCUACCAACAACAACGACAAGAGGUGGUGGUGUCUUCCGGUAAAGCUGCUAGCUUGAUCAUCAUUGAGUUUGACAUGGACAACAGCAUCUUUGGGCUUCCCAAAGCGUUUGUGGUGGCCAGUGCAGCGGCCUCCAUGACAGCUCUGGUGGUGACGGCAUGCAUCAUCUGGUGUGUGUGCACAGCCAAAUCGAACCAUCAGAAGGACGGUUUUCACCGUUUGCGGCAGCACAGAGAUGACUAUGAUGACGAGAUCCGACUCACCUCUAUGGGAUCCAAGAAGGCGCUUCUUGCCCACGAGUUCCAAGAUGAGAGUGAGAGCGAUGAGGAGACACUCUAUGCCAACAAAAUCUGAUGAUCACCACAUUUUUGGCUGGUGGUCUAAUUUCUUUUUAUUUUGAUCAUCUCCUUAAUUUAACUCCUGUUCAACAUGGAACAGGUUGAUUUGUCUCUUUUGAGACUUUAGUGAAUAAAGACACUUUAUUUUAUCACACCAACAAACUGUGGACUCACCCACCUGUUACUCAGUCACUACUACUACUACUACUAAAUUAACUGGAGAGCAUCCUGCUUGUGUUUGAAAUGAAUACCCGACUUUCUUUGUUGGAUCAGAAGAACAAAAGAAGAACUGAAUAAUAAUAUUUGGUCCAUUUUUGACCCUCAUCCGUCCAGGUUUCGAGCCCAACAGUUUAUUAAUUUCCUAGCCACACAGGAGUGCUCCUUUCUGACCACUAUCCGUUCUGCUGAGCUGAAGGAUUCCCACAGAUACAAGUCCAAAUAAAGUUUUGUUUGGUGGGUGUGUAAUGAACUCUGGAAGUGCUAAACCUCAAACUAUCUCCCCUCUGAUAUCAUGCUUUUCUUUUAGAACUGGAUUAAGCUAGGAAAUUGGAAGCUUUAUCUUGUUUUUUUAUUUGUAUCUCUGGAGGAAUUGCCACACUGAAGUAUCCGAGCCUUUGGAAGACUGAAUCCAUUAUUGUGCCUUGGCUUCUGUAGAGUUUACAGUCCGCUCAGGCUGAGAAAAGCAGCAUAGUGAAUAGAUAGAACUUGGUCAUUCUGGUAUCGUAAGAUUAUCCAUCCUUUACUCAGGUGGAAGGGUAAAAAAAUGAUCCAACAUUGCACUUUUUCUGCACAGGUGACUCUGGGCUAGUUGAAAACACGAGAGAAGCGUUGAAACAUCAGUGAGAGUCUUUUACCGGACAAAAGCAUGAAUGAAAAAUCUCCAGGAGGUGUAGGAUGACCUCAUGGUGCAUGGAUGUCACUUCACUAAAUGGAAGAGGAGGAUUUUCCCAUAUCAUUGGCCAGGGCUAAAAACCUGAGUAUUGUGAAAUGUAAUCAUGAAAAGAAUGUAAUUUUUCCCUUUUUAAAAAUCUUUUUAACCAUAGGUUUGUGUUUGGCCAGUUUUAGUUUCAAACUUUUUGAACAUGCAAAGAAACUAAACUAUCAUGCACAUGGAGUCUGUGUUAAUUUUGGAAAAAAGUUAUGUGUUUCACAGUGUCAUGACUUCUUACAAUAAGGAGCAUAAUUUCUAUUUCCAUUUAAAUAUGUUGAAGUUUAUUCCCCUGCCUAGCAUUAGUUUAGAUGGCAAAAAUCAGACCUGAUGUGUCAGUCCAUUAGCAGUCAUUAACUCUGAAUUUACGUCAAUGCCAUCUUUAUGACAUGACUUCAAGGCCCAGUGCAAUGAAAUCACAUAUACCAAAAUUCUUGUUAUACAUUUGUAAGGGUAAGAUUUGUAUUCAUAUAUGCAAGUUAAGUGGGGGUGUUAUAAGUAAUGCAAGACUUUGAUCUUGGGCUACAACGUCUCAAGUCAUAAACACAAAUGCUCAAAACGGUGUUUGCUCAUCAUAGUGAAUCAAAAGUAUUGCACUGGAUCAUUAAAAUCAUGCCUUAUAUUGAAGAUCCUAUGUUUUCAUCAUUUACAGUUCAUUAAGUUUGAAGUGUCUACUUGGAAAGAUUUUUUGUUGAUUUCCACUUUGAGAAGAGCCUCAUUCCCCUCCCCUGAACAAAUGCAGCUGUCUUCGAUAAAGCCUAACCUGACUUCUAUAUAAAGAGACACUUUUUGUCAUUUUUCAUUCUUCUCAUAUUAUUGUUUAUGAGCUCUGAAAGUUUUGUGUGUGUCAGAGUCAUGCAGUGUUGGUGUGAAGAUUUUAUAUGAACUGGAAUCAGCUGUAAAUAAUGUUUGCCUAUUGUGGAUGGGAAAAUAAUGGAUGCACACAACUAAACAUUUCAUAAAACGUCUGUGAUAUGAACAAACACAUGAAACAUGAUGGAAUAAAACACCUCACAGCUGC